GAAAAAUAAUAAAUCAUAUAUACAGUAUAUAUAUAUAUAUAUAUUAUAUUCUAUAUAUAUAUAUCUUCACACACAUUUUGAUAAAACUUCUUUAGUCAAAAGAGAUUAUAAUGACAUCAAUAACACAUCAACAAUCCACAUUUCAUUAUAUUGAACUUACAACAUCAACAUCAACAUCUUCAUCUUCAUCAUCUCUUCUUUCCUCAACUUCUUCAGAUAAUGAGAAAAGUCCGAUUUGUAAAGUAACAAACUCUCCUUGUCUAGAAAAUUUUUCAUCAGAAAAACAACAAAGAAAAAGAAAGAGAAAGGCUCGUAACACAACAUAUUUACCUUCAUUAAAAUUACCGGAUUUUCCCGUUAAAACUCAAUGUCCAAAUUGUAAUAAAUAUGUUGUUACUCAUAUAAAUUAUAAAAACGGUACCUUUGUUUACGUUUUUGCCAUGGGCUUAUUUACUUUUACCGUUGUAUUAUUUUGGGUCCCAUUUUUUAUGGAUUGUUGUAAAGAUGUGACACAUUCUUGUCCAAAUUGCAAAAGUACCCUUGGAACAAGGAGAAGAAUCUGAUUUUAUAUUUUCCUUUUUACUUAAUUUAAUACCAAUCAAUAUCAAAGUAUUAUUUACAAAUUAAUCACUAAUACAUAAUAAUCUCGAAUUUUAUAUUAUAUUACCAUAAUUAUCCGAUUUUUUUCUUUAUCAAAAAAAAAAAAAAAA